CAUAGCUCCAUCAAAAUCAAGAAUCACAAAACUUACACAACCGAACAAGUAAAAGAAAGAGGAAAACGAAAACAUGAGUUCAUCAAGAAGAGCUUGGAUUGUAGCCGCCAGUGUGGGCGUCGUGGAAGCCUUGAAGGAUCAAGGAAUUUGCCGAUGGAAUCAGAGCAUUAGAUCCGCCCAUCAAUACGCCAAAAACCAUGUCAGAUCGGUGCCUCAGGCCACCAGAUUGACUGGCUCUUCCGCCGCCGUGGUUUCUGGCAAGCAACAGCAGAAGCAAUCGGAAGAAUCUUUAAGAACGGUCAUGUAUUUGAGCUGUUGGGGUCCCAAUUAAAAGUUCUUGAUCUUUAAGAAUUCAGCUAAAUGGAUGAUAUAGAUUUAAUUUCAAAAAAAUAAAAAUCAAAAAUCAAAUUAUUACCGAAUGAAGCCAGCCCACCGCCGCCGGAGAUGCUGCUGCGAAGUUUUUUAUCCAAGUCGCCGUGGCGUUGGGCGAAAAAAUCGCCGGUUGGGGAUUUGUGUUAUAGCGAUGUAUAUGAAUUGGGUAUAUGGUGCUAAUGGAAAUCAAACAAUUACGGAUACUUGUUUUC